GUAUUGGUGGUGGAGGUGAGCACGGCACUGGGGUCCGGAGACACCACCAGCCUCACACGGACAGGAAGCUAAAGGUGGUCCUGCUGUCCGAGCUUAUCAGUGUCCUCAGGCUCCCCCCAAACGCUGAGGCCUGCCCCAUGGAGAACAUGUCAGCCUUUUGUGUGGAGGCACGGGACAGAACAAUGGUGUUUGCUGCACUCAAAGACGACUGUGUGGAGUGGGUAGAAAAACUGUGUCACAGCACAUUUCAGAGAGGUGGUGGCUCAGGCUCUGCUAAGCUUCAAAUGGAGGAAAACCAGAUAUAUGCCUCAGCAGAUGAUGCCUCAGAGUUCUGGGUGGUGGUUCAGAGGACCGACGCAGCAACACGUUGCGGUCUGCAGGGGUCAUACUGGCUGCAGGUGGGGCGAGAAUCACUGCUGCUGAGAGAAACACAGAAGAAGAAAAUAGUUAGAGAAUGGCCCUACGAACUGCUGCGACGAUAUGGAAAAGAUAAGCUGGCCUUAACCAUUGAAGCAGGUAGACGCUGUGACUCUGGUCCUGGAACCUUCACCUUUGAGACGCAGCGGGCUGAGAACAUAUUCUCCCUGAUUCAGAGCACCAUCAAACGGAAGACUUCAACUGUUACUUCUGGCAACCAAAACCAAGACGGUGAUAAAGUUAUUGUAACCAACAUACAGGCUCAUUCCCCUCUCCCCAAGAUACCUGAUAUGAUCAGUAUGGCUGCCAGUCUGGAAAGCAAACUGAGGACACAGGAAAGGAAACCUGAUGCUUUCGAUGAGAGUGCGCAUGCUCAAGAAAGUCUGAUUGGUUCAUCAGAGUGUGUAUCAGCACAGCCAGCACCAAUCACCCUCAUGCCUCUUCCAAUGGUCCCCACAAAUGAUAGCCACUCUGGACGACAUCUUGAUAACCAAUCAGAAGCUGUAUAUGCUGACCCAGCUGACUGCAUUCAAUCCGUACCAAAACCACAACCAACCAUGGCUCUGUAUGUAGACCCUGUAAGUGUUCUCCCACUCACACCCCCAAGUUCAAGAAGAACUCUAACCCCCCCACCCAACUCCUCCGUUUCACAUUCCGACUUUAACAUCAAUCACCCGGAUUCAGUCUAUUCAGAGGUCUAUGACAAAAUCAGUCCAGUCCAGAAUAAACAAACUCUCAGUCAGAGUAAAGGGAAAACAAAGUGUGUUGCAGAUGAUGAACCCAUUUAUACAGAACCUGUGACCAACAAGGAAGAAGUGUCUCAUAAAAAAGAAAGCAAACCAGACCCGUUUGCCCACCUUUAUGCUCAAGUCUGCAAAACAGGACCAUCAUCUAGUCCUUCUUCAUCCUCUAACACCGAUUCUUACUGCUCUGUUUCUUCUUCCUCUCCUACUGCCAGUAUGAGCACAACAAAUGCCACAGACCAGUCUCUUGAUGAUGUAAUCUACGAAAACCUGGGCAUCAUUUAAUUCAGUUGUCAAGAGUAGCUUAAUACUAAAUUGUUGGGAUGUGCAUUUCCAUUUAAAGCUGAUGCAAUAUACAUCUUUAUGCAUUGCCAAUGAUCCGACACAGUAAAGAUACAUAUGAAGCAGCUACCAGUGAUACGAUUCACCCCUGUUGCGAUGCAGUGAGAUUCCACAUUGUUUUAUAUGAUGCAAAAGAAUAUGAUGCUAUGCAAUUCAGUAUGGGAGAGAUAGUUUGAUUUUAUUUUGGUUUUUCUUAGAGCUCCUUGAAAAACAGUUUAGAGAGGAGGAAUCAAUCUGAAUAUAAAAUUGUUAGUCACAUUUCAAAAUAAUAAAGGCACAGAGCCUCUGUUAGUAAUGAUAUAGAAAAGAUUUUAAAGAUGUUCAAAACAGGGCAUCCUGAAUUCAUCCCAAAUUGUAUUUGAUGCAAACUUUUUCAAUCAGGGCAGCCACAUCCUAAAUGUAUGCCGGUGCAUCGAUACAAAUCUGUGAGUCUCAUAAUCCCUACUAAAAUGGUCAAUGGACUGUACUCAUAUAGCUGCUUUCUAGUCUUUCGACCACUCAAUGCGCUGUACACUACAUGCCACACUCACCCCCAUUCACACACUGAUGGCAGUGGCUGCCAUACAAGGUGCCAAGUGCUCACCAGAACGGAAACUAAUCAUUCAUAUACACUCAUACAAUGAUGCACAGCAUUGGGAGCAAUUUGGGGUUCAGUGUCUUGCUCAAGGUCACUUCAACAUGCAGCGAGAGGAGCCGGGGAUUGAACCUCCAGCCCUCCGAUUAGUGGACGACCCGCUCUACCUUCAUACCUUCUUCAUAGCAAAAGAUUAUAUCAUGCCUGGUUAGCACUUCUCUUGCAUGGAUUUGCAUGUAUGUGUAUACAAAUAAUUGUAAACAAAGUUAAACUUGUAACAAUCAUAUUAUAGUUGUAGUAGUAGCUCACUAAUCACAGAGGGUCAGAUUUCUAGUUAACCCUCAUAAUACCUUCCCAUUGACUAUGCAGUUGUGUUCCUCCAUCAUGAAUUUGACCCCAGUCUG